GUGAGCGCGUGUUGAGAUUGCGUUGCAAACUUGUUGCGUUUUAGUUUCUGUUUAGAUGCUGCUGUCAUAAAGAAUUUAGUAUGUAAAAUAGUUUGAAGAUUCUGGGGAUUUCGUUUUCUUGAAUUUUUAAUUAUUGUCGGAAGUUAACUUCGGUAUCCUCUCAUGUUUUGCAUGGACUACAAAAACUAAAGUGAAAGCAACAUGCCUUCAAAGCUAGAACAACUGCAGCAGCAGUACCGUCGGCAACUGCUUCAAGAGAAAGAAGAACGCAUGAUAAAAAUUCACACCGACAACCAGCAGAAAGCUUUGAGUAAAGUCGCCAAGUACAAUGGUUCUAUUCAGCCGUCUGCUGGUCUAAUUAAAGCGCCUUCGGGCAUCAGUGCUCCCCAGCCUCAUCAUUCGCCGAUCAAGAAAGGAAGUCCUGGUGUAGACCGUUCUCGUCCCUUACCUCCUAUUUCAAAAGAACAGAAGAAUUCGCUUCAAUCAGGAGCUAACUCGUACCAAUCUGAAACCGAUUCCAAUCCAUUAAAAGCUGAAUCUGGAGUUAAUUCAUACCAAUUAGGAGCCAACUCAAGCCAACAAGGUGCCGUUUAUAACAAAUCAGGAAUCAAUACCUACCAACCGGGAGUGCAUUCAAACCAACAAGGAGCCAAAUUUGGAGCUAAUUCCUACCAAUUAGGAGCCGACUCAAAUCGACUAGGAGUGUCUUCUUACAAAUCGGGAGCACAUUCCUACCAACCGGGAGCGAAUUCGAAUCAACAAGGAGCCAAUAAUUUCCAUCAAGGAUCUACUUCGUACCAAUCGUCGAACGGUUCGAUUCAGUAUUCGUUCCAGAGUACUCGUUCGAGUCCUGUCAGUGCACCAAUCGAAAACGUUACUAGGAGUGUGAGCGUCAACUCGCGUUCGAAGUCGGUAGAUUUGGAUGCUAGGCAAAGCCCGUCGAGAACUGGUGCUGCAAAUGGUCGUGCUCCAGUCAGGAAUGGAUUCCACAAACCAGCACAAUCAGAAACCAAGCAGUCUAUACAGACUGUUGCAGAACCUGUUAAAAAACCAGAUUCAGAUUUCCUUCAGAAGUUGAAGCAGGCGGAGCUACAACGGUUGAAAACCAACAGCAAGGUUCGAGAAGAAACCCCGUCGAGAAAUGGUUUAUCCCAUGGUGCUGUUUCCAAGUCUUCCACCAUCCAGAAGAAACCCACCAACAACAGACCCGCACCAUCUGUAAGUUCAAGCACGCCUAAACCCAAGCCCACAACCCAGCUCCACGCCCCAUCCCCUGCCAGGAAGGCCUCCCCGGGCGGGAGGGCUCCCGCCGGGACUGCCCCCGCGAAGGGGGCCGAGGGCCGCAAGCCGCCCGGCCCGGGCCAGGAGCAGUGCCGUGUGUGCGGCCGCAACUUCAACGCGGACCGCAUCGAGAAACACCGGAGCAUUUGCCAGAAGGCGGCGCAGAAGAAGGUGAAGGUCUUCGACGCCACCAAGAUGAGGGUCAAGGGCACCGAGGCCGAGCAGUUCGUCAAGAAGGGGCUGCCCAAGAGUGAGCCCAAGGCAAAAAAGUCAGACUGGCGCAAAAAGCACACUGAUUUUAUCGAGGCUAUUCGCCAGGCCAAGAUGGUCCAACAGCACCUCGCCAAGGGCGGCAAAAUAAGUGAACUCCCGCCUCCGCCCCCUUCGGACACUUCCGAUUAUGUCCCUUGCCCACACUGUGGACGGAAAUUCAACGAGGGCGUGGCACAAAGGCACAUUCCAAAGUGCAAGAACAUUCUUUCGAAUAAAAAGAAUCCCGCCGUUGCCAGAAGAAAAUGAGGAACUGUACACUAAUUAUUUUUAUAUCCUGCAAAACUUACAACUAACUGAAGAAAUAAUUCUUUAAAACGCAUCGCUGUGAUGUCAGUCUCGAACACUCUAUUCGAGGUUCAUCGGUCGUAAUAGGUAGAUCCAUGGCCGCACUUAAUUCUUAUAGGCCGUGACAAUCGCUGAAACUUAUGGCAACAAAGAGGAUGCUACUGGGAACCCCUGUUUCCAUUACGUUGCCAUUGAUUGGUGGAUGCAGUUGUUCCGUUCAGCGCCUCUUGCGGUCAAAAUGGGCGACGUCCAAUCAAAAAUAAAAAAAACCUUUGAAAAGUUGACAUUGGUUGGUGGAUGCAUGAGCUGCUUCGGUUUAACACAGAAAAGUCAUACUGUCAAGGCCCGUUAAGCUUCAUCGCCAUCUAGUGGGGCCAUGUUAGAUUAGAAUUCCGACACGAGUAACCAACGAAUUAGCCCGAUUUUCUUAAACUUCACUCACGUUUUCCACUCGAUCACGUAACGAAUUUGACAUCCGAUUGGUGAAUUGGAUGCAGUUUCGUCCACGUGACUGGUGGAAAACGACAACAAAAGAAGUUCGACUGGUUCGAGAACUGUAUGUUUUGUAAUCUAAUUGCAUCGCCUACAAAAAUCUAUAAGAUCUGCAAAUCAAAGAAAAUCUCUUAUAGUUUGAUUUAUCAAGUGUUAGAAUAAAUAUUGCAGAUGAAAUAUUUUCUUUACACUUAAUUGGUAACUUGGAUAAAAUAUGUUGCGGUAGAAUUGAUGUCUAUGGUUAUAUCAUCAUUUAAUGAAACGACUUAAAAUUCCUAUAAUUUUUAUUUUCCAUAUAAAUUAAAAAUCAAAGUAAUGUGUGUUCAUUCUUGUCAAAGUUUUUUCGUCACUUUGAAAAGAAAAUGUAGAGUAGAUUUUGUAGAAUAAUGGAAAAAUUGCGGAAACAGUCACCAUUGUGCCUUAUGAAAGCUCUUUAAAGGGAUUCCUUGUUUAUGAUUCACUUGUCGGCCAUUUUUUUUACCGGACAGAACGCGAAAUAAAAAUGUAUAAUUUUCAAGUUAGUUAAUAUUGCUUUACAUUGAAGUUAUGAAACGUGCUUUUUGUGAAACAAAGCCUAAUUAUUUCAAAAAGUAUACUUUGGAUAGUGUCAUUAGAAGACCUCAAUUAAAUUAUGUUGUCUUCACUGAAAUCCCUUUUAAAAGGGAUUUCAGUGAAGUUACCGCCCAAUAGCGGGGGCUAAAGCAGAAAUACAUGAAGUACGCCGCCAGCUCAGUCAUUCCAGCCGAGGACUGCAGUUUCGUGCUUAUUAGCACUCAUCAGUCCGGCAUAGGAAAGUGACUGUGUAUUUAUGCCUUCGC